AUGCUCAGCCUCAUCAAAUUGCCACGAGUCUUCACCAUCAAUCAAGUGCCCAAAGUUUUUCAUGAGGACAGCAUUAUUACUGGGUACCGGCACCCCCGGAGCUCAGCCACCGACUGCAUCCUGAGCCUCUUCCAGAUGACCAAUGAGACGCUCAAUAUCUGGACCCAUUUUCUGCCCACCUGGUACUUCCUAUGGAAACUAGUAACGGUGGUGCUGAUGCAGAAAGCGUGGCAGGACUCCUUCACCUGGCCCAUGGUGAUCUUCCUGUUCACCUGCUGCAUUUAUCCACUGGCGUCGAGCUGCGCUCACACCUUCAGCACCAUGUCAGUGCGGGCACGCCACAUCUGCUUCUUUUUUGACUAUGGCUCUAUCAGUUUCUACAGCCUGGGCUCAGCAAUCGUCUAUUCAGCUUACAUUUUCCCCGACAAGUGGGCGAACAGCUCCUUCCACCAGUCCUACAUCACCAUCGCUGUGUUCAACACCGUCAUCUGCACCAUCCUAGCAUGCUACUCCAGGCUUGGCUUACCAUUUCUACAAUAUAAUCACGACAUCAUAAAGAGAUUCCCUGAGUACCAGAGUCCAAAGUUUAGCAAAUUUCUUCGAGUCGUAGCCUUUGCCUACCCUUACCUGUUUGACAACAUUCCUCUGUUCUACCGGGUGUUCCUGUGUGAAGGGGAGGGCUGUACAGAUAACGCUACCAACAUCCUCCACUACUACCACAUCACCCUGGCUUUCCUCACUGCUUUUCUGUUUGCCACCCAUUUACCUGAGCGCCUGGCACCCGGAAGCUUCGACUUCAUAGGUCACAGCCAUCAGCUUUUCCAUGUGUGCGCCAUCCUCGGCACCCACUUCCAAAUGCAGGCCAUGGAGCAGGACAUGACGAUACGCCGUUCCUGGCUCGUGGAAAACUCAAUCCCCAUCACAUUUGCUAACUCAGUGGGUCCGGCGCUGCUUUGUGUGGUGUUGAAUUUGGUUAUCAUCUUCCUCUACAGCCUACCUCUCCUCUUGGGCCCAGUCUGCAAAGACAAGAAGUACAGUAGAGGACCAAAGAAAGACAAACUCUGCCCCCACAGCUGA